CUCCAGUGAGAGCAAGCAAUAUUAAAGCGUGACACACACACAAAAAUAAAAGAGAAAUGGAAUGGAGCAAAAGUUAUCUUGAUGCAAUACUGGUGCCGUUGGGGUUUAUGAUAUGGAUGGGAUAUCAUCUGUGGCUUUGGCAUAAGGUCCGAACCCAACCGUUGUCUACCAUCAUCGGCACCAAUGCUCGUGCCCGCAAAUUCUGGGUCGCCGCCAUCAUGAAGGACGACAAGAAGAACAUCCUAGCCGUCCAAACACUGCGGAACACGAUCAUGGGAUCAACGCUGAUGGCGACGACGUCGAUCCUGAUGUCCUCGGCGCUGGCGGCGGUGAUCAGCAGCACGUACAGCAUCAAGAAGCCUUUGAACGACAACGUUUACGGCGCCCACGGCGAGUUCAUGGUGGCGCUCAAGUACGCGUCGCUCCUCCUCAUCUUCCUCUUCUCCUUCAUCUGCCACUCCCUCUCCAUCCGCUUCAUCAACCAAGUCAAUUUCCUCAUCAACUGCCCCGCCGACGAAGACGACACCGGCAUCAUCACCCCGGCCUACGUGGCAGAGCUGCUCGACCGAGGGUUAGCGCUCAACACCAUCGGGAACCGCAUCUUCUACGCUGCGCUGCCAUUGAUGCUGUGGAUCUUUGGGCCCGUGCUCGUGUUUCUCUGCAACGUUACCAUGGUGGCGGUGCUGUAUAAUCUCGAUGUCGUGCUCACGCCGGCGGAGAAGGGGAAGAGUAGUGGUGGUGACGAUGAUGAGAUUAGUGGCCAUCAAUGUGUAUCUGCGUGAUUAAUUGUGUUGGAUUAAUUGAUUGAUUGUUUGUGUUAAUUGUUAAUCAAGUGGUUUCUUGUGUUAAUGGUUCACUUUACAAACGAAUUUUAGUUAA